AUUGUGCCCUUCGUUAGCAAUUUGCCCCGCUGGUUUUUAGGGUUUAUCAAAGGGCUUUAAGCGUCGAUUUCCCUCCGCACUUCGAGCAGCUGGAAGCGACGGUAGAAAGGUUGGCAUUUGAUUCUAAAAACAUUUUCAUUCUUCGAUCCAAAUCGGUUUUAAUGGGUGUAUCAGAUGAAAAGGAUAGCUUCGUAAAUGAGGAUACCAUGGAAGAUGAUGAUCUUGAUAGUGAAGAUUCUGAUUUUGGAUCUGAAUCUGAAUCUGAGGAGGAAGAGGAUGUGAAAUUGUCUGAACCGUCGAAGAAUGCAAUAUAUAAUGCCGAUGGUCUUCUUGAUAAGCUUGGAGACAUUAGCUGGCCCGAAAACGUGGGAUGGAUACACAAACUCUCUCUUGAUAUUGAUCAAGAAAAAGAGGUAGAUGUAAAUGAUGAUCUAGCUAGAGAGCUUGCAUUCUAUACACAGGCUUUGCAGGGAACAAGAAUGGCCCUUGAGAAGUUCCAAUCUUUAGGUCUCCCUUUUCUCAGGCCACCAGACUAUUAUGCAGAGAUGGUGAAGACGGAUACCCACAUGGUAAAAGUGAAAGGCCGGUUGCUAAUGGAACAGAAAAAGAUGGAGGAGGCCGAGGAAAGAAGGAAGGCUAGAGAAGCGAAGAAAUUAGCUAAAGAGAUUCAAGCUCAGAAGCUAAAGGAGAGGGCUAAACAAAAGAAAGAGGAGAUUGAGUCUGUUAAGAAAUGGAGGAAGCAGAGGCAGAAGAGUGGUUUUUCUGAUAAAGGCGGUGAGAUGGACUUAUUGUUUGAAGAUGGGAAGGCGUUUGAUAGGUCUGGUGGUAAGAAGAGGCCAGGGGUGUCUCCCGGCGAUCGCUCCGGAGGGAAGGCAAGACAUGGUGGAGGUGGAAAAGGGAAAAAUCCGAAGAAAAGAGAUUUCAGAGAUUCGAAGUUCGGAUUCGGCGGGAGGAAAAGUAUGAAAAAACAAAACACAGCUGAGACAACAAAUGAUAUUAGGGGAUUCAACAAUGGCAGUUUGUCAAGCAAUAAAAGAAGGAAGAAGUCAUAGAUUAAUGCAGUCAGUCAGUCCUUUCAAGUUUAGAGAUGGUGGGUAUUGUUGUGGUCAAACUAUAGUUUUACUUUUUUGAAACUUUCAUUCUGUAAACCAAGAUCAUGUAAACUUGAGGCUGUUAAUUUGUGUUUCUUUUUUAAAAGUACUAAGUUUGGUAGUUAUUGUUUUUGUGCAAUUAUGGUUUAAACUUCUAUAAACUUGUGUUGUAUAA